UCGAGCACCUCGAACCGGCUCGAUCAUCGACCGUGCCAAUAACAACAGCAACAAUCAAUCACCUCUGCUGCUAAGCUAUUUCUGGUUGCCCUAUCGAUUGCUGUUACUAUCUAGAGUAGCUACAUGUCUGCAUUUCGAGCUUGAUCAAGCAUUGCCUGUGUGUCGGUAUUGUGGUUCUUAGCAUGACAUCCAUUGGUGAUGGCGACGAUCAGGCAACGGCUUCCACGAAAGUUGCCGUUGCUUCUUCUUCGAUCGAGGAUCCAGAGAACAGGGCACUUGACGAGGAACCACUUGAAAAUGGACAUGGUUCUGAAGACUCAGUAGCUAUUAUUGCUGAAGGAGAUGAAAGCAAGGGAUCCGGAGCAGCAGCAGUCUCCAGCAGUAGUGACCAACAACAACGUCGACGCCAACUCAAGAAACAAUCGUCGCAACGAAGAAAAAGUCACGGCGCUAUUCAUAAUAGUACGGAUCGACCAUUGAGCCACUACCCUCCUCGCCCAGAAUCUCGACAAGAAUCCCCUCCGACGGCCUUUGUCGAUGCUCUGGCACAAUCGCCUCUUCAAGAAAGCUGGAACCAAUUUGAAGAAUCCGUUGGAAAACCGUCACGAGAAGCCCUACACAAAUUCUUUUAUCCUCCAGGCAACAACAAUAAUAAUAGCAAUGCUGCAGCGGCACAUCAUCAUCAUCAUCACAGUCCUCAUCAAAUGCACUCACCAAAACGUCGAAUCAGCAAACGACACUUGACUUCACCUGGAGAUCCAGAUAAUAAUCACAAGAGAAACAGUAUCAAGAAACAACAAGGAAUACCCAUCGUAGACCACCCACUACAGACACCUCAACUGGACCACGAAGGUUAUGAUCGUCAACCAACUGCACAACAACAACCACAACAACAAGAAGUUCCCAACAACUCUGAUCCCGUGGUACCAAAUGAUACCCAACACGACAACAGCCACAAUACUAGUAGUGGUCCUCCAAAUGGACAUCAUCAGCAUCAUGUUCCGGCAGAGCAACCAACAACACGACGGCCUCCACAACAACAAGCAAUUCACAGAUCCAUUUCCGCAGUUUCUUCGGUAGACUCCAUCCCUGAAAUGAGCAACAGUCAGAGCUGGCCUCGAUCUCCUGCUCCUCUACUAGGACAACAGUCACCCACUUUUCAACAAUCCUUCGAUGCCGAGGAAGCACAAGAUCGAAAAUAUGUCGAACGAUUCUGGACCACCUAUGAUGAUAUCAUCAUGUUGAGUUUAUUCACACAACUCGGGGUCGUAGCGCGGUUGGCAGCGUCCACCUGGUUCACGUUCUUUGAUGGAGUCUUUCAUAAAGAAUCGCCCCUCUUUACCAAUCUACCGCUCAACUGUUUCAGCUGUUUCUUGCUGGGAUUACUCGGAUCGGGAGAUCGGUUGAUGGAAACCAUCACCACCAGGUUCACACCACGAAACUUGCAACAGAGCGUCGUUCAGGAUUAUUCACGGGGGACGGAAUAUUACGAAUACGACGACGAUGACUCCAACAAUAGUGACAGCAAUUACUACUGUGGGGCCGAGGAUGAUGAUCACGAUAACAACAAUAAUGGAUUACGACGACGAAGGAGACGGCCCAAGAGAGCCAAGAGAGUCACCACGUUUCACAGUUGGCAACCUCCAUUGCAUUGGCACGAUGAUCUACGAGAAGUCCAGCUGCUGGCGUUGGAACGAAGAAUACGAGCCAGCAAGUGCCUACUAUUAUUUCCAGUUGCCAAAGAAGACGCUGACGUCAUGGAGCACUAUUUUGGGGAGGGAUAUAAAGCUUCCGCGGAAAAACAGAAAACGCCCAGUCGCAGAAGGUCGACGACAACAACGACAAAAACAAAACCCAGGAAUCGUCGUAGGCGACGCAGAUUUGGAAGGCAGAGGUAUGCCGCCACAAGUAUGGCUGACACUGACCUGGACGAUCAUCGAGAAGGAGGAGGACAUUUGCAGGAUUGUAACGGCGACGAUGAUGAGUCCGACAGCAAUAACAACUACGAUGACAGCUAUGGAAACCACAGUUAUGCAAGAGAGCAAAGUGAAAGUGAUGAAAUGUUCGACGAUGGCCUCUUUCGGUUUGAUCUGGAACUGACCGAAUCCACAGAAAAACAACAGUCUGCGAAAAACCAUGCUGCGGAGAGCAAAGCUGAAGCCAAUCCCGACGCUUCAGAAGGGGUUUUCCCUCCAUCGGUUCAAAGGCUGAUAAAACGUCCCCCGGGCUGUACGACAACUCUUCCACCCGAACAAGGGAAUGUAACAGCGCAAGAAACCCAGCCUGAAGCAGUACAAACUUCCACUGCAAGAGAAAAUAGUCAGACACAGCAGGGGGCGGCGGCGGCACCUGUUUCUUCGUCUCUGCCCCCACAGCAACAGCUUGGACCACAACAAAAUGGCCAUGUUGCUGCUGCUAGACCAUCACACCCUCCGGCACCAUCGGGCGCUAUGAGAGUCAGCCGAUCAGGCUCUGACACUGGAUCCGAAAACGGUGCUUCGAUAGUCACGGCUACAAGCGGGGGCGAAGGGGGUGAUCCACAACUGGAACAAAUUAUUUCGAACGUACAAGCCAAUGUAUCGGAGAACAUAUCCAGGUUAGGCCGAGUGAACCUAGCUGAUGGUUGGGAUGUUGGCACCACGCCAGAGGCAAUGUCGGACGAUUUGAUGUUGGGCUUGCGAGACGGAUUCUGUGGAGCACUCUCGAGUUUCUCGUCAUGGAAUUCAUCCAUGUUAAACUUGCUACGCGAGGGACACAUUGGCGAAGCGUUUGUAGGGUACUUGCUCGGACUUCAAUUGCCGAUUGUUGCCUAUCGAUUUGGACAGCAAGUGGCAGUCUACUUUUUCGUUUGGCGAUGUCGACGAGAAGCUCGUCGGGAGGCUCGAAAGGGCUGGUACGGAAUUCGCGUCAACAUGGAUGGAAGCGACGACGAGAGCGAUGAUAGUCCUACCAGGAGAAGAGACUGCAACAACUCGUCAGGUGAAGCCAGCAGCAUGGAUGACAACUUUGACGAUCGCAGUCGAGACAGAAGUGCCGAAAUGAGCUUCGAGGAUGGCGCCAUGUCACGAGAGACUCCUUCCGUGAGAGCCAUUUGUACAGCCCUCUACUUGCUCGCCUUGGUUACACAAUUCACUUCGCUCAAUUUUUUUGCGAACCCAGAGGAUCAGCAAAUUGCUUUGAGUUUGCUAUUCUCUCCCGUGGGAACCUUGACGCGUUGGCGUCUGUCCAAAUUGAACGUCUGGCGACCGGGGUUUCCAAUUGGGACCUUUGCUUGCAACAUCCUCGCGUGUGCUCUCAGCGGAAGUCUUGGCAGUAUCCUGGCCGGUAGUCCAGGCCCGAAAGAACGCAUCUUUCUGCAAAGUCUCAUUGCUGGUUUUGGGGGGACACUGAGCUCUCUGGCAACGUUUAUUGUGGAGAUCCUGGCUGGAAUGGACCCAUUGCUGUUCCGUUUUGAUGGUGUCAUCUAUGCGGUUUGUUCCAUCUUCUGGGCAAUGACGAUUGGCUUUAUCUUUUCGGCAUCAGUCGAUUGGGCGGAUGAGACAUCUUGAUUUUGUCUGGCUGACAAAAUUCUCCAGUAAGGAGGCUGCAGGAUCGUGCGCCGUGAUAGCUGUGGCGGUACCGUGUACCAGUUUGGCCUUCUGGCAACCAGACUAGCUAGCGUGGUAUCUUUGCAAUCAAGAGACGUAGCCAUCAGCAACGGUUGUAGCAGCCUCUCCACAUUGUUGUCGUCUGUGCUUCGGUGAAGCCAACCGAUCCGAAGUUUGUGAUCGAGCAGUCUUGGCGCAGUGGCUCAACUCGUUGCCCACGUCUGUACCUAAUCCUCACUAUAGAUAGCUACCGGUACCACAAUCGAUUCCAACAACAGAAUUUUACCGCACUUUCCAGAGCCUCGGACUCACCAUCCCCACAGAGAACUUCAUUCCACCAGGCCACCAGGAGGCUUGAUGGCUUGAUGGAAGGGUACUAGUACUAGUAUCGAUGUACCAGUACUACGGUAUCGAUGGAUGUAGCGUACUAGCUACUCUAGUACCGGUACCGUACUAUUACAAGCUACUUUUAGUAGUGCCGGUACUCAUGGUACCAGUAUAUGCAGAUAGAGUGAGAGUGCGUGGCUGGGACGACGCGUACCGCUCCCAAAGAAUUAGUCUCGUUGCUCCCUUCUUCGCCACUGGGACUCCAAUCGCGUUUUUUG